AAGGUUGAACUCAAGCUUCUAUUGGCUCCAAAACGAUCACUACCGAUCGGGCAUGUAGCUAAUACUGGUCACCAUGCCUUGUAAUAUUUUCGGGCAUCCCGAGAACAUAACAUGACAGAAGUGGCUGCCAGUGAAUACGGAGAUCCGGUCAAAUCCGACCCAUCCUCCCAUACCCCACCCAAUGUGUCCAGUGAGGUGCGUCCAGAGGCGUGCUACAGCUAUGAUCCCGAUGGACGAGUCACUUACACGGAUCCUCAAACCCAAUUGGCUUAUGUGCUCAAUCAGGCUCAAACGGAUUGGGUGCUCAAAGAUCCGGGAGACGCCUCGGCCAAUCCCCCUGAAUCUUACGCAUCCGAUCAACCUGAUUAUGACUUUGAUGGACAUACAUAUGGCUACACAGACGCGAAGGGAACCAAGUUCAAGUGGAACCUGGACACGAAAGAAUGGGAACGGCAGGAGAAUCAAGGGAACGAUGAACCAUCAAAAGAUCCAUCCUCAUCAUCAGAAUCCGAAAUGGAGAGUGAGACGGAUGAGAAACCGAUUUCCGAGGAGGAAAAGAAACGGAGGGCCUAUCGUAAGCGCAAAGCCCAGCCCGGUUGGGGUCAAAAGUCGAACUACAUGCAAGAUCCCGAGAGUGGCGCCCAAUUGUAUCGCGAUGCAAAAGAUGGGAUGAUGUAUGAAUGGGACCGUGAAAAGAAUGCCUGGUUUCCUCGGAUUGACGAAGACUUCAUGGCCCAAUAUCAACUCAGUUAUGGAUUCACACCCGACGGGAAAGCUGAACCCACGCGUCCAGAACCUGAAAAAGAACCAGACGUCCCCGAUAUUAAGAAGGUUGAUGAAGUCCCAGCUGAAGCCAAGAAGCCUAAAUGGUUCCAAGAGGACGAAAACAAGACCACCAAAGUGUAUGUUUGUGGUCUACCCGAGGAUAUGACUGAAGAAGGCUUUGUAAAGUUCAUGUCGAAAUGCGGCAUGAUCGAGAUUGAUGUGCGGUCAAACAAGCCCAAAGUGAAAUUAUACCUAGAUAAGACCACUGGCAAGCCCAAAGGCGAUGCCUUGUGUACCUAUGUCAAACAGGAAUCAGUUCAAUUGGCCUUGCAAAUCCUGGACGGAACCAAGAUAGACGAAAGCGAGGUCACGGUGGAGAGAGCCAAGUUCGAGAUGAAAGGGGAGAAGUACGAUGCCAAAUUGAAGCCCAAGAAGUUGCGGAAAAAGGAGUUGGAAGUCCUCAAGAAGAAGCAUGAAAAGUAUUUAGCCUGGGAAGUGGACCAAUUACGCGGAGAAAGGGCCAAAAAGGACAAAGUGAUUGUAGUGAAGAACCUGUUUGUUCCCAAGGAGUUCGACAAGGAUGCAUCCUUGAUCCUCGAGUACUCAGAUCGACUAAGAGAACACUGUGCUAAGUUUGGGUCCGUCAAGAAGGUUACAGUGUACGACAAGCAUCCUGAGGGCGUAGCUCAAGUGUCCUUCGAGUCCCCCGAGGAGGCCGAUAUGGCCAUAUCGAUGAUGCAAGGCCGAUUGUUCUUCAAUAAACGCGUAAUGAGUGCCGAAACUUGGGACGGAAAGACCAAGUACAAAGUCAAGGAGACCAAAGAAGAGGAAGAAGCCCGAUUAGCCAAUUGGGACAAGUUCCUUCUGGAAAGUGAGGAAGAAGGUGGUGAGAAGGAACAAGAAAAAAAGAGAGAUGAACAAAUUCAAAAUGACUCAAAAUGAAAACGGUCGAAUCGCCUGGGAUACCUUCUCACCCACAAAUAUUGCUCACCAGACUUGGCAAACUGAUGUUUUAAUCAAGCCAAAUGUCAUAUUUUGUGCGGAUCAUAUAUUCCUUGGACGCAAAGCAUUUGUUGCUGUUGAUGAUGGAUAGUGUUAAAAAAAACAAAUAGAGGGAAAUAUACAUUCUUCCCAAGCUUUUGGCAAAUCGUAAAAAAGACUUCAAUUUCUUUUCAGAAGCUGCAUGGAUGGAACAUCUUUCAAAAAUUGGAAACUUAUCUUUGGAUUGGUCCUUCUCGUCAUUAUCAUUCUAACCUUUGCAUGCGAACCAAAUCAGAGCCUCGACAUGGCAAAAUAUCACUUUGUGAAAGAUGAUCUAUCUCGUGAUGUGAGUCAAUUUCACGCCAAAAAUGGCGAAGUCAGCUUAUCUUAUGGAACAGUACUACAACUUUUACAAGAUGACCAAGACUUUAUGAGUGCGUUCUUGGAAGUUCUUCGAAAUGGCAACCCUAAGUUCAAGGCCUACUUUUUUGAAACUCCCCCUGUGACUGAGGCCCAAAUUUCCCGACCAUUUGAAUUUGUCAUCGUGAACUCGCCCACUUUGGCCCGUGUUAAAAAAAGCGACGUCCAUUCCUUCCAAGAACACUUUAACGUGUGUUCCAAAGACGUCGUUCAAUUCUACAAUCUGCGAAGGGAUGCCAAACUAGUGACACCCUGUCCUAAGAAUAUGCCAGAUAACGGAAGUUACGCCCAUUUAGCCAAAUUUGUUCGUCUGGGUGACGAGAUUCAAAUCAGAGAAUUCUGGCGUACCGUGGCCCAAGCCAUGAGAUCAAGGGUCAAGGAUCAAGGGGAUCAGCCAGUUUGGCUUUCUACCUCUGGGUUGGGUGUCUAUUGGCUCCAUGUUCGAUUGGACUCUUUUCCCAAGUAUUACACUUUCGACAGAUAUAAGAACACCGGUCUAUGACCUUUUUUCGUAAGUGUUAAGAUGUUUCCAAAAGCCUUUACCUUCUUGACAUUUUUCUUGUUUUAUAAACAAACCUUUGUAUAAUGUAUAUACAUCAGACUUUAUUUUAUUGUUAUUUUUACGCCAUGACAUGACCAAGAGUCGCAAUAAAAGAUUAUUAUUAUUAGA